CUGAAUGUCGUUAAAUAUCUCACCCUAUCUUAGUACCAGUACCGGCCCAAAAAUUGUGAAAUCGUUUCAUGUGCGAAUAUACAAAGAGACCAACAAUAAACGAGUAACCGUUUGUGUUUAUUUGAGUGCGGUGUAAAUCAAAGUGGAGUGAUGACGUUACAUGCCUUGCCGGCAACCAGUUACAUGAUAGAAGAACAAAGGUUUAAAAGUAUCGAAACAGAAACGAAAAGUAUGCCAUCAUUAGUUUUUCGGAAUCGUGGCGAUGGCGCGUCCCUGAACGCGGCCGGUAGCAAGCGCACAGCUUUGUCGGCGUCCGACGCCGAGUGUUUUUCGCUGUGCCUGGGCGCCGGGCCUCUGUGGUGGUCCGAUGUCCCUGCUCAUGGCUCGGCACCGCCCGGAGGGGUGAGCAGCGGGGCUUCGAGCCCCGCAACACCGUCCACCCCCAUCCACGACGACAACAACCGUGACUUGUUGAGCGCCCUUCUAUGGGCAAGCGCAAGCUCCCUGAGCAGUAGUGCGGAGAGUUUAUCAACUGACUCUGUGCAGACCAACCCCACACUACACCCCGAGCAAAGAGAAGCGGUCAUCGCUAAGAUCUUGGAACGCAAGGACAAACAGCCCGUCAAGAUCGAAUUCAAGAUCUUCCUCACGGAGAAUACUGUGACUCGCUGGGAAGCAGUAGUGAAGGGCGGUACCAUCUAUCUCCGCUUACCGGGAGUGUUGCAGUCCGGCAGCAAGGAAAGCUUCAUUCUGUUGCUGGACUUCGCUGAAGAACGACUCGGUUGUUCAAAUUGUAUAAUCUGCAUUCUGAAAAACCGUUCGGACCGAGCCACACUUCUCCGCACGUUCAUGUUCAUGGGAUUCCAACUUCUACCACCAACGUCACCGCUGAUGCAAGACAUUAACAAUCCGGAAUACGUAUUCUUGCACUACAACAUGCAGUAAUUGUCCUUGGUGUUGCCAGGUAAUAUUAUACUACCAUUCUAGUAGAAAUUAUAUAAACACUUGAAAAAAUAAUAAUAAUAAUAAUUCGACACAUUUUCUUUAUUCAACUAGCGGUAGUUUUUCGGUGUCGCCAAGGACAGUUUUUGACAGCUUCGUUUAUAAUUAAAAGAAAAAUAUAUAUGUAUAAGUAUAAUUUUUCGUCAUUUUUCUAGUAGAUGUAGUUGAGAUGUUAAAAUUGAAGCUGUCAUUUAAUUAUAAUACAGUAUUCAAAAAGCACUUUCUCGUUUAAAAAUCACAUCGGGCUUGCAUAGUGGUAACGUUAAGGCGCUAACAAGUCUAGUAAUUAGGUAUUUAGUAUAUUCUUAUAUUAUUAUGAUUAAUUAGAUAACACUUGUGUUUCUUUUGAUUUCUUCAACUAGAUUAUCGUUUGUAGCAACACUUAGUACUGUCGACCGUUUAUAUCGUUAAGGAAUCAAAGGAAAUGUUAGUUGGUAGUUUUUUCUUCUACUAUAACAGAUUUGAAUGAUAAAACUAUUGUGGUUACCAUUCAAAACUGUAAUGAUAGAAUUUAUUUCUUUGUUAAUUAUACUAAUUGAUAUAUAUUGUCGUCGUGUUUAUUCACCCACACCGGGGGUAGAGCGAAAAAAAUUAAAAAAAAAUUAAAAAAAAAAAAUACGAAAAAAGAAUAAAAAAAAAUGUUUGUAAUAUUUACAGCUCCAAUCCAGAUAUUAGACAGAUGUUUUUGUACAUGCGUCUAUUAAUGAAUUUUUUACUUUUUUUUUUUCAUAAUAUUAACCACAUUCAAAGUAACCUUUGAAGACGCCGUGUGCACAUUUAUAAAUUACUACCACUUUAAAAAAAAAAUCACUUUUGGACGAAAUAUUAAAGCCGAUCACACACGAGACACCCAUCUAUCUCGAUGGUAACUUCUUGAUGUGUUGUCAGCAGCGUUAAUUGAUUACAUACACAUUUAAAAUAAUUAGUAAGUAAGAGAUUUUGUGUUUCUUUUUCUUCUUUUAUUUCAUAUUAUAUAAUUGUAUUAGUUAUAACAUUUGUCGCUUUAUGUUAUGAUAUUAAAAUGUAUCCAUCUAAAUUAAAUUUUCAUUUUUAUAACAAUAAAACAUUUUUAUAAAUCUGGUUUAAAAAAGAAAACAAAAUUAAAAUUUAUACUUCAUCAUUCAUGUCUUAAUGUACUUGGAAAAUAAACAUAUUUCAGUAUUAAUAAAUAAAUAUAUUUGAAUUCAUAACAUAAAGUGUUUCCUGUGAGUGGUUUGUUUGCUCAUCAAGCUCGCUCACAUGUUUCUUACAGCGGUCUCCUAACAGUAUUUGGUUCAUCAAAGUAUUUCUUCAGUUGGGGCCCUGUUUGUAGUUUAGAUAUAAGUUUAUGUAAUAAUGGACGAUUAAUUAAAAAUAAUCUUAAUCA